AUGGCAGGCGUGGUAUAUUGGAUAUUGAUUGACCAUGGUAAUAUACAGGGACGAAGGAGUCAGACUGUGCUGAGUAAGCCCCUCAUCUUCCACGGGACCGGAUCGGGUCAGCCUAGUCAUCUACCCCGGGACAGGAUCGAGUCAGCCUCGUCAGCCACCCGGGACCGGAUCGAGUCAGCCUCGUUAUCCUCCACGGGACCGGAUCGAGUCAGCCUCGUCAGCUCCCCGGGCCCAGAUCGAGUCAGCCUCCUCGGGACUGGACGAGUCAGCCUCCCCGGGCCCGGAUCGAGUCAGCCUCGUCAGCUCCCCGGGCCCGGAUCGAGUCAGCCCCGUCAUCCUCCUCGGGACUGGACGAGUCAGCCUCCCCGGGCCCGGAUCGAGUCAGCCCCGUCAUCCUCCACGGGACCGGAUCGGGUCAGCCUAGUCAUCUACCCCGGGACAGGAUCGAGUCAGCCUCGUCAGCCACCCGGGACCGGAUCGAGUCAGCCUCGUUAUCCUCCACGGGACCGGAUCGAGUCAGCCUCGUCAGCUCCCCGGGCCCAGAUCGAGUCAGCCUCCUCGGGACUGGACGAGUCAGCCUCCCCGGGCCCGGAUCGAGUCAGCCUCGUCAGCUCCCUGGGCCCGGAUCGAGUCAGCCCCGUCAUCCUCCACGGGACCGGAUCGAGUCAGCCUCCUCGGGACUGGACGAGUCAGCCUCCCCGGGCCCGGAUCGAGUCAGCCUCGUCAGCUCCCCGGGCCCGGAACGAGUCAGCCUCGUCAGUCCCCCGGGACCGGAACGAGUCAGCCCCGUCAUCCUCCACGGGACCGGAUCGAGUCAGCCUCGUCAGCUCCCCGGGCCCGGAUCGAGUCAGCCUCGUCAGCCCCCCGGGACCGGAACGAGUCAGCCCCGUCAUCCUCCACGGGACCGGAACGAGUCAGCCCCGUCAUCCUCCACGGGACCGGAACGAGUCAGCCCCAUCAUCCUCCACGGGACCGGAUCGAGUCAGCCUCGUCAGCUACACGGGACCGGAUCCAGUCAGCCUCGUCAGCCCCCCGGGACCGGAACGAGUCAGCCUCCUCGGGACCGGAUCGGAUGAAGUCAGCCUCGCCACCUCGCCAGCCUCCCCGGGACUGGAUCGAGUCAGCCUCGCCCUCCACCCCGGGAUCGGACCGGAUCGAGUCAGCCUCGUCACCCUCGUCAGCCUCAACGAGACCGGAUGA